AUGUGCUUACCGGGCCACUUACAAAUAGCGCUCACAGACAACGAGUCCAUCGGAGGGGAAACGUGUGCCUCUACAGAACGCCGCACUUGUGUUCUCAGAAUGUGGCCUUACAACCCGUUGCGUGUCAAGCUAGUUGGUCAAUGGUAUCAACGUCCCGGGCUUUGUAAAGUUCUAACUGCUUCAGUAGCGUCGUGCAUUCACAUUCAAUACGGUUUUUUUCUAGCCGUAGGCAAUGCGUGGAUGCAUUAUUAA